AGGUGGCUUAAAGUUAUUAUAUUUUAAGACGCUCCAUAAUGAACAGCCCUAUAACCCUCUCCAAAAGUAUACCAAGAUCGGUCGAACUUUUUAAUCUAGCGUUCCUCUUCUUCCUACAUAUGCUUCUAUAUGAAUUUUAGCUCCCCUCCCCCUCCCCGCUAUAUUCCUGUAAAAACCCAAAGGGUGGGGGUGGGAGUGGGGGGGGAUAAUAACCUCUUUCCCCAACCAAAACACGCUGGAAAUUACCAAACUUUUCCAGAUGAAACGAAUUCAUUUUUUUUUCCCUUUUCCCUCGUGUCCACGACAGCAGCAAUGAUAGAAUCAGUUCUCGUUUGUUUUAUUCUUCUUGUCUUUCCACCCUCUUCCUCCUCCUCCUCCUGCAUUUAUUUAUUUAUUUUCUUCUUUAAAAGAAAAAGAAAACAACAGCCAAAGGAAAGUCCAAAAAUUUUAAUCGAUCUCUUCUCUCUCCCCCCCCCCAUCAUUAGUAUGUGAUUAAGAGGGAGGGUGUCUAUCUGUGUUAUGUGGGGGUGGAGGGGGCGCGCGUAUCUGUUGUUCAAAAGUGAUGGUGUUGGUGGCAGAGAUGCUUUCGCUGGUUUGUUCUAGGGGGGUCCCCUGUGCAAAGCUAACCCCUCUAGGGUGCGAUUUCGCAGUCUUCGACUUCUGCUAUUGGUCAGCGCGUGAUCAGAUGGUUCUCUUUCCUUAUGUCCCUGGUUGGCACGCGGCCAUCCCCCUUCAGCUAAAACCCAAUCUCCCAUAUACUGCUAAUAGCUAAACCGCUUGGACUAUAAAACGCAACAAAUCAUAAAGACCAAGGGAAAGAACAGACGCUGUUCCUCUGCUUUAUUAUUAUUAUUAUUAUUAUUAUUAUUAUUAUUAUUAUUAUUAUUAUUAUUUCCAAUGAGUUCUUAUUUUGUCAACUCUACUUUUCCGGUGAGCUUAGCCGGGGGUCAAGAACCGUUUCUGGGACAGCUCCCCUUAUAUUCUACGGGGUAUGCGGACCCUUUAAGGCACUACCCUGCCACUUACGGAACUGGGGGUGGGGGGGUCCCGGAUAAAGGUUACCCGGGCGCGCCUUACUACCAGCAAGCCAACGGAGCUUACAACCGGAGCCCAGCCUGCGAUUACGGGACAUCUGGUUUUUACAGAGAGAAAGAGACAGCCUGUUCUCUUUCGAGUUUAGAGGACCCUGUUCCGUUCGGCCAGGAGCAAGUCCGGAAGUCAGAUUGCUCCCAGAACAAACACGCUUUCGGGGAGAGCGAAGAUCAGAAGUGCUCCACGCCAGUGUACCCCUGGAUGCAGAGGAUGAACUCCUGCAACAGUUCCUCUUUCGGGCCGAGUGGCAGGCGAGGAAGACAGACCUACACCCGUUACCAGACCCUGGAGCUGGAGAAAGAAUUCCACUUUAACCGUUACCUGACCAGGCGCCGCCGGAUCGAAAUCGCCCACGCGCUCUGCCUGACGGAACGCCAGAUCAAGAUCUGGUUCCAGAACCGAAGGAUGAAGUGGAAAAAGGAAAACAAGCUACUCAACUCCACUCAGCUGAGUGCCGAGGAAGAAGAAGAAAAAACAACGGAAUGAGAGAGAGAUUGCAGAGGAAGGAGGGAGAGAGAAGGAAGACAGCGAAAAUGCCAACGGUUGUGAGGGCGCCCAAAAGGGCAAAAAUAUAAGGCACAGCGGAGACACCACUUUUUUUUUUUUGUAAA